UUGCAAUUUUUGUAGAUGAAAGGGGAAACGCUAGUCUGUGUGACACGUCACUCUCGUUCCGGCUCGGCCAGUCGCCGACGGCCAACCUCGCCUCCCAGUCGCUCACCGCCGCUCGCUUCCCGGCGGCUCAGGCGGGCGCGGCGAUUUCGCUUUACUCCAUAUAACGCCGCUGCGGGCCGGCGGCCGCGGGCGUCGGCCAUGUCCCCGCAUGGGGCUAUGGGCGUAGCGGCGGCUGGGACGCCGCUGAAGGCGGAGGAGAUGGCCGGCGGGUGUACUGGAUGGAUCUCCGUCGGCCCGUCGGCGACAGGAUGGAACGGCGAGAAUUUGGCAGCAAAUUGUUCAGCUGGAAUCAAUUAUUGCAAAUGGGGGUCAUUCAGCCGCAAAGCCGACUUGUUUGAAUGGCCAGAUGCAGCGAAAGUCUCUGACAGAGACAAAGAACAUGCAAGCAAUGAAGUCCACCGAGAACCAAGGACUGUAGUAGAAGUAGCAAAGUCUCUGAAGAAGAAAAUGUUAGAACUUAGUCCAUGAAUCACGGAAGACAAGUUGAGUUUGCUAACCGAGCAUCAGAUGAUUGGCACGCCUAUAAAUCAGAGAAUACGGUGCAGUAGCAUACAGUCUGUCAGAGCUUUGCUACUAGAUGACUUCAAAAUCAGGCUGCCGAUCUGGAUCAGAAGCGAACUUGAAGUGAACUGAGUGGCAGCUACAUCAGUCCAGAUUCAAGACAGAGUUCCAUUCCUUCUGUCUGGCCACAUGAUCCAGAUCUACAUUUGAACAUAGCUAGUCAAUAAUGAUGGUUAUUACAACUGGAAAGAUUAUCUUGAUUUUCUUAGCUUGCACUGCACAUGUCGUCACCUGCAGUUCCUUAUAUGGAAACGAGACAGAUCGAGUGGCACUGCUUGAAUUCAAGCAGGCAGUCUGUCUUGAUCCAAAACAAACCUUGAUGUCCUGGAAUGACAGCAUCCACUUUUGCAAUUGGGAAGGCAUCUUGUGCAGCUUGAGGAUUCCAUAUCGUGUCACUUCUCUUAAUCUUACAAAUCGAGGUUUAGUAGGGCAAAUCUCUCCUUCACUUGGAAACCUCACAUUUCUAUCAAUUCUAUCCCUUACAGAGAAUUCAUUCAGUGGACAAAUCCCUGCAUCCCUUGGCCACUUGAACCACCUCCAAACUCUCUGGUUGAGUAACAACACUCUGCAAGGAGUUAUACCAGAUUUUACAAAUUGUUCCAGUAUGAAGGCUCUACGGCUGAAUGGCAAUAAUCUAGUUGGAAAAUUUCCGCAGCUGCCUCAUCGCCUUCAAAGUCUGCAACUUUCAUACAAUCAUCUUAGUGGAACCAUUCCUGCUUCUCUUGCUAAUAUCACAAGGCUAAAUGUGCUUACCUGCACAUAUAAUAACAUCCAGGGCGAUAUCCCACAUGAGAUCGGAAAGUUAUCCAGCCUGCAAUUCUUGUAUGUAGGUGCAAAUAAGUUGGUUGGCAGGUUUCCACAAGCCAUCUUAAACCUUUCUACUCUUAUUGGUCUUAGCCUUGGGUUUAAUAAUCUAACUGGAGAGGCACCAUCCAAUCUUGGUAAUUGUCUACCCAACCUUCAGCUACUUGAAUUAGAAGACAACUGCUUUCAAGGGCAAAUCCCCUCUUCGUUGAUAAAUGCUUCCAAGCUAUAUCGUCUUGAGCUAGCAAGCAAUAACUUCACCGGUGUGGUGCCUAGAUCCAUUGGCAAACUAACCAAGCUAUCUUGGUUAAAUCUUCAGUCCAAUAAACUUCAAGCUCGUAACAAGCAAGAUUGGGAGUUUCUUGACAGCUUAGCCAACUGCACUGAGCUGAAAGCUUUCUCGAUAGCUAGUAAUCAUCUAGAAGGACAUGUGCCAACUUCAUUAGGUAACCUUUCUGUUCAGCUUGUACAAUUGUUUUUGAGUGGAAAUCAAUUAUCAGGUGGUUUUCCUUCUGGCAUAGCAAACCUUCCAAACCUGAUUUAUAUUGGACUGGACAACAACCAGUUUACUGGUGCAGUCCCAAAAUGGCUUGGAACUCUCAGUAAUUUACAACAGAUAUUGUUACAUGAGAACAUGUUUACUGGGUUUAUUCCAACAUCCCUUUCAAAUUUAUCUGUACUGGGAUCUCUCUGGCUAGACUAUAACAAAAUUGGAGGACCUUUACCAGCAAGCUUGGGAAACCUGCAAACGCUUGAAACAUUGAGCAUUUCAAACAACAAACUCCAUGGUAGUGUACCAAUGGAGAUCUUCAGAAUCCCAACAAUACGGUUAAUUGAUUUGUCUUUCAACAACUUUGAUGGGCAGCUUAGUGCCAGGGUAGGAAAUGCUAAGCAACUCAUGUAUUUAUAUCUUUCAUCCAACAAUUUAUCUGGAGAUAUUCCUAGUUCACUGGGCAAUUGUGAAAGUUUGGAAGGCAUCAAAUUGGGCUCGAAUAUUCUUAGUGGAAGCAUUCCUACUUCAUUAGGCAACAUAAGAAGUCUGAAAGUUCUCAACUUGUCUCACAAUAACUUAAGUGGAUCAAUACAUGCUAAUCUUGGAAAGUUAUGGCUCCUUGAACAAGUAGAUUUGUCAUUUAACAAUCUCAGCGGUGAGAUACCAACAGAAGGAAUAUUCUUGAAUGCAACUGCAGUGCACAUCAAUGGAAAUGAGGGUCUUUGUGGCGGGGCACUCAAUUUACACCUACCCACAUGUUAUGUCAUGCCUUUGAAUUCAUCUAGGAGUGAACGAUCUAUUUUGCUGUAUUUGGUGAUAUUAUUUGCUAGCCUGGUGUCAGUUAUAUUCAUAUAUCUAUUAUUGCUCUGGAGGGGAAAACAGAAGAAAAAAUGUACAUCUUUGACCCCAUUUGAUAGCAAAUUUCCCAAAGUUUCUUACAAUGAUCUCGCCAAGGCAACUGAAGGGUUUUCAGCAUCUAAUAUAAUUGGAAGAGGAAUAUACAGUCAUGUUUACAAAGGGGAAUUGUUCCAAGGCAGAGAUGUGGUUGCUGUUAAAGUUUUCAGCCUGGAGACAGAAGGAGCAGAACAUAGUUUUAUCACGGAAUGCAAUGCUUUGAGAAAAGUGCGGCAUCGCAAUCUAGUUCCUAUCUUAACUGUGUGCUCAAGUCUGGAUACUAAGGGAAAUGAUUUCAGAGCCCUGGUGUAUAAGUUAAUUCCACAAGGAGACUUGUAUUCUCUACUGCACUCAACUAGAGAUAGUGAGAAUGGUUUCACUUCGAACAUCAUUACAUUUUCUCAAAGGCUAAGCAUUGUUGUGGACAUAGCAGAUGCAUUGGAAUAUCUUCACCAUAACAACCAAGAAACUGUUGUUCAUUGUGACAUAAAGCCUAGCAAUAUUCUUCUGGACAAUGAUAUGAAAGCUUAUGUUGGAGAUUUCGGUCUUGCGAGGCUCAAAGCUGAUGCUGCAGUACCAUCUGUCGGUGACUCAAACUCAACUUCUAUGAUUGCAAUAAAAGGAACCAUUGGAUAUGUUGCUCCUGAGUAUGCAUCUGGUGGUCAAGUUUCAACUGCUGCGGAUGUUUAUAGCUUUGGAAUUGUUCUCCUUGAAGUAUUCUUACGGAAGGGACCGACAGAUGAUAUGUUCAAGGAUGGUCUGGAUAUUGCAAAAUUCGUUAGUAUGAACUUUCCUGACAAGAUACUAGAUAUUGUUGACCCUGUAUUACUACAAGACGAACUGGAUUGCUCAAAGGAAUCUCCAGUUGCCAUGAAGGAAAUCUUUUCUGAGGGUUUACAUUCAGUGCUAAACAUUGGACUUUGCUGCACCAAGCAGUCCCCGUACGAGCGCAUGGACAUGCGAGAAGUGGCUGCAAAGCUACAUGGAACAAGGAGGCAUAUCUCUGAGGCAACUAGUGCAGACGCCACGGCUCUACAAAAUGAGGCAGCUGAUUGCUGAUGGCCACUAGACUGCAGGCUGAAGGCUACUCUUCUCGCUGGUAAAUAACCUUCUUGAAUGAAUGUCGAUUGAUCUUUUAAUUUAAUUUGUUUAUGUUCAUCUAUUAAUUGACUGCUUUGGGGGCUUUUGUGGGAUGGGUCUCCAUGUAUCUACAGGCUUGUUUCUGUUCAUGAAUUUUAUGCAUAUUUAAUACCCCCCCCCUCUCAUGUUGCUUUGAUUUUUUUUAAAGUCAAACUUCUUGAAAGUUUGAUCAAGUUUAUAGAAAAAUAUAGCUAACAUUUAUAGCACCAAAUUAGUUUUAUUAAAUCUAACAUUGAAUAUAUUUUGAUAGUUUCUUUGUUUUAUGUUGAAAAUAUUGCUAUAUUUUUCUGCAAAUUUGGUCAAAGCUAAAGUAGUUUGAUUUAGAAAGAAAGUUAAAACGACUUAUAAUAUGAAAUUGAGAUAGUACACAUAUGAUUAGAAAGAUACUGUUAGAUGAUAAGAAAUUAUUGUUUCUUUGUUACCUAGAACUUGUUUUGCUAGCUUCUGGCUUGCAUCCCCUCUUUCAAGUCUUUGACACUAGAGCCCUUCUUUUCAAUGACUGGUGAUCAUAUUUCUUUUCUUUUUGUUUUUACGAAACUGCGGGAGUCAGAUUCAUCAUUCAUUAACUAGUAUAAAAAAUAUAUGCGUAGUAAAAAAACCAAAAGAAAGAAAAAUCAUAACUGUAUGUUUCUGAAUAAGUAUAUCUGCUAACUGUAUGUUUCUGAAGCUACUUCUCAACUCUGAUUCUGAAGUCUGAAGGACAGUUGCAUUCAUCAACCUAUAGCAGCAAGCAGCUUUCAUGUUGUGGAAUCUUUCUGACGAAACGAGGCUCUUGAAUGUUCUUUCAAAAAGAACACUUGCCAGACAUGUGUUGACCCCCUUUCUCUUUCUCUGUCUGCAUAUAUGAUAUAACCAAGACCUAGCACUAUUCGACCAAAGAGCUGGCCAUGAAGAUCACUAUAAUUGGAC